AUGCAGAACAUCUCUUCACACAAGCACUUUAUCCUCAGUGGUUUUGAAGAACUUGGAGAACUGAGGCCGGUCCUCUUCAUCCCUUACUUCCUCAUGUUCAUUGUUGCUCUGCUGGCCAACUCCUUGCUGAUAUAUGUCAUCGUUUCUCAGAGAAGCCUUCAUCAGCCAAUGAGCAUCCUCAUCGCUGGCAUGGCUUGUGUUGAACUCUGCCUCCCAGUAUUCUUUGUUCCCAACAUGCUGCUGAACCUACUGUUUGACUGGAAAGGGAUCUCUCUGAUUGGCUGUCUGGUUCAGAUGCACUUUAUUCACUUUUUUGGAGCUUUUCAGACCACCUUCCUGGUAUGGAUGGCUCUGGAUCGAUACUUUGCCAUUUGCACACCGCUCUCCUACCAUGAACUGAUGGCACUGCAGAGAUUCCUGAAGUUCAUCAUCCCACUUGCUGUCAGAAACAUGCUCCUCAUCACUCUGUUUGUGAGUUUUGCAGGAAAGCUCUCAUUUUGCAGAAAUGUGAUGAACCAUUGUUUCUGUGAGCACAUGGCCUUGGUGGAGCUGGCCUGUGGAAGCAUCGCCAUCAACAGUCUGGCUGGACUGAUGGCUAUUUUCUUCAUUCCUGUUUUUGACUUCUUUGUCAUCACUGCCUCUUACACUCUGAUAUUCAGUUCUGUGUUGAGAUCCAGCAGUUCUGGUGUAAAAGCACUACACACCUGCAUCACACACAUCAUUGUCCUCACCUUCAGUCUGACUUUAGCUCUAAUUGCUUUCCUUUCAUAUCGAGUUAAAAGCGAGCUGCCUGAAGCCAUCCGGGUUUUCUUCAGCACCAUGUACCUGUUGUUUCCAAGCUGCUUCAACCCGAUCAUCUACGGCAUCAGAACCACUGAGAUCAGACAGCACAUGCUGAAGACGCUGACACACUGA